UGUGUUAUCAGACCUAUUCAUCCUGGAGAAGGAAGAAGUGAUGGAGGUGUGGAACAGUGGUGAAGAGGAGGGACUGACUGAACUGGAGGGCUCCUCAGACACCAUGACAGCCCUGACCACCUCCAAUCACCUCCUCCUCCAUCACAGAGCUAUUAACGACUCCAACUACACCACCACCAACAACAUCACCUACUUCCCUUACUACCAGCACUCCCUCCCUGUGGCUGCUAGCUUCAUCCUGGCCUACCUGUUCAUCUUCCUGCUGUGCAUGGUGGGUAAUGUACUGGUGUGUCUGAUUGUGCUGGGGAACCGUCGCAUGAGAACCGUCACCAACCUUUUCAUCCUCAACCUGGCAGUCAGCGAUCUGCUGGUGGGCAUCUUCUGCAUCCCCACUACUCUUGUGGACAACCUCAUUACAGGCUGGCCAUUUACCAACUCUGUGUGUAAAAUGAGUGGUCUGGUGCAGGGGAUGUCUGUAGCUGCCUCAGUCUUCACCCUGGUGGCCAUUGCAGUAGACAGGUUCCGCUGCAUUGUGUACCCUUUUCAACCCAAACUCACCCUAAUAGUUGCCAAGGUGACCAUAGCAAUGAUCUGGGUCCUGGCUGUGGUAAUCAUGUGCCCCUCAGCAGCUGCCCUGACCGUGGUGGAAGUGGCAGAUCACUACAUGGUGUAUAACCAGGACUACAACAAGACUUACCCCCUGUACUCCUGCUACGAGAACUUUGCCGACCCGAAGAUGCGGAAGGUCUACACCACAGUGCUGUUCGCCCACAUCUACUUGGUGCCCCUGGCUCUCAUCACUGUCAUGUACGGACGCAUCGGCGUGAAGCUCUACACCUCCGUGGUGUCAAGAAGAGAGCCUCAGGAUGCAGCACAUCCUCCUCCUCGAGCCAGACAUGAGGGGGGCAGGCAUCUGAUCUCACAGAAGAAGAUCAAGGUGAUCAAGAUGCUGAUCGUAGUAGCCCUGCUGUUCAUGCUGUCCUGGCUGCCCCUGUGGACUCUGAUGCUGCUGACAGACUACGCAGGGCUGGACGAGGAGCAGCUGGAGCUCCUGACUGGAUACAUCUUCCCCUUCGCCCACUGGCUGGCUUUCUCCAACUCCUCUGUCAACCCCAUCAUCUACGGAUACUUCAAUGAGAACUUCAAGAGGGGCUUCCAGGCAGUCUACCAGACCAACUCCUGCUGCCGCCCGGAAAAUAGGGUUGAGGUAGCAGGGAGGGGAAACCGGGAAGGCAGAGCAGGGGGUGGGGGUAAUGGUGGAGAGGGUGGAGGCGGCCUGAGGGAGCCUACAAGCAACCCCAAUCCUCUCCCAUUUGGGGCUAGAAACAAAGUGUAUACUGACGGUAAUGUGAUGCACUCUGUCCAUCUUGAGCUGGAGUUGAAGAAAAAUUCUAAGGUGGGAAGCAACACGGUCCAUGUUGAGGUUGGGGGGACUGGGGCAGGCGGAGGAAUAGGGAAUGGAAAUGGGAUGAACAAAAAGGGGCUACAGGUUGACGAGCAGACCAGCCCAAUGGGAGUUUGUCAGGCCUGGGAUCAUUAGUGGGGAUGUAAACCGUGGAGGUGCUUUCAGCAUCCCGAAUAAUAUUUUACGUUUAGAUGUACAUUACAUUUACAAUCUAAACUCAUACUUAAUGCAUAGAAAAGAUAGGCACCAUCUUAUUUUCUUUUCUUUCAGAUGGCAUGUGUGGACUCAAAUUGUGAAGGAAGUGGACUCAUCUCAACAUUAGAUUAGAUCGUAUAGGGUUUUGAAAAUGUCUGAAAAACUAAAAUCUAAGAGCCACUAAGUACUCUCCAAACACCAAAGAUAGACUUGAAAAGAAAGAGAACAAAGCAAAGCAAAGCAAAGACAUCAAUCAUGGUGAUACCCUUAUUCUGUUUUUGCUUGUAAUAUGAAUUAGUGAAAAUGAAUUAUGUUUUGCUCAGUGAAGAUUUCUUUGAACAUUGUCAGCAAAACAACGAGAGGGGAUAUAGUUGAGACGAUUUCAUGUCAACUUUCUAGCCCUAAAGUAGUCUCAAUCUGAACACUGUCAACAAUAUAGAUGUCUCUUAAAAUGUCUCAAAGAACAUAAUGCCUCAGAAAAAGGCAGUUUGGUUCAAUUCAAUCUUGAAACUUGAAGCAAAACAAAUUUCCGCACAGAGGGGAAGUGUAUUAUCUGAUACUACAGAGCACAACAAAUCAAAUGAUAUCUAAUUAAAUCAAAGGUUAUUCAUCAUAUACACAGGUAAGCGGUGCAAUUAAAUACUUACUUGCGAGCUACCUCAACAUUGCAGUGAAAUAUCAAAUUUAAAAAAGUAUAAAUGAGAGUAAUGACUAACACAAUAAGUUAUACGUUUUAAACAACUAUUAAAAAGUACACGGGUGGAAAAGAACUGUUUUGGAGGAGCAGUAUUGGACUGAAAUCUAGUCCCUGUCACUAGUGAAAACAGGGACCAAACUAUUUAUUGAUCAAUACAUUUGUACAUGUUACUGAACAAGCAUAUCAGUUUAAUAAGGAGGGAGAAAGAUGUAUUUUAUGUAAGGUUUUAUUAAAGUUUUCUGAGAAUGCCCUUACUCUAUAGGACUGAUAGAAAACGCCAAAAGGGGCUGAGUCAAACAAAACAAAUGCUCACAAAUAUUGCUAAGGGCUAGUCAGACAGUUUUUCUAACUAUGGAAAUAUUAAUAUGCCUUGCCCAGAGUUUGGUAGGACAAAAUGUAUGUGUUUCAGGGUUUCUUAAACUGUAGAUAUUCUAUAUAUAUAUAUACUAUAUUAUUCUUCAUUUGGGUCAUUGGAGGACGAUUUGGGUCCCUGGAGGACAUUACACUUCUAAUUUUGGUUUCAAACUUGAAAAGUUUAAGAACCCCUGGUAUAAAGCAAUGAUUUAUAUAUACACUAGAUGACUGACGGGGUGCCAUUCAUGCUGUUCACAGCGUAGUAGCCAGGGCAACAAAAAAAAACAGAAAAGAUGAGCCUCGCACAUCAACGCUCUUUACCCACUACAAUGUUUAAUUUAUGCAUCUAUAUCAUAAAACUGAGGCUACCUUUACAUUAUAUUAUGUGAGCAAAACAUACAAAUACAAAAAUAUGGAAAAACAUUUUUCUUAAAGUAUAAUUUCUAGACAGUACCUAAUGUUACUGUCCCCACUAUGACAAAAAUACUUAAAUACAUGUCAUUGUGUGCUUGAAACAUUUAAUUGAAAUACUGUAGAAUUCCAUUUAUUCCUUUGGAGGACUGCUUCUUCUAAGGAGAAUCAAUAUGGUCGUCCAGUGACUUCAAAGCCUCUCAUUGGCCAAUAUAUAGCAUCUGCAAUCUAGAGUUUAUAUACAUCCCUAGUAUAAGCACUAGAGGACUGACAGGGGCUGCUGUUUU